UACUCUUUAAUCUAAAUAAAGCACCUCACAGAAAUAUAUACACAGACAUAUACAUAUAUAUAGGUUGGCACACUUUGUUAAAAUUAUCAGAUCUUAUUUAUAUCCCUCUGGAGGGUCAGAAACGAAUCCAUUCCAUCAACAAAGCAAUUUUCUCUUCUUCUUCUUCAUCUUCUCAACCGCGCCAUGGCUAAACAUGCGGCUGUGCCGAAAUUCGGACAAUGGGACAACGGAAACACCGGGUUUACGACGCGUUUCGAGGUCGCUCGCAAGGGUAGAGGCGGUGGCGGGGGACAAAAGGUUGCCAACCUUUACGAUGUCUACAACAACGAAAAUUCGAACGAAAACGUGCCUGCGAAGGCUAUAAACGAGCCGAAGACGCGGUGGAAGGAAGAUGUACCGCACGUACAUACGGAUGCAUCCCGGCAAAACCCUAAUCCUCAAAGAGCAAGGAAUGAUGAUGCGGUACGACCGUCGGAGAAUCGUCGCAGACCUACGGGUAGAUUCACGGUGGAAGGCAGUCAGGCCCCCUCAGGAAGGCCACACCAAGCUGCACUGAAGGCGGCUAACCCGCGACAAACUGCAGCUCAACAACACAAAGCAGCAUCCGUGCCGAAAUUUGGUUCUUGGGAUGAGAUAAACAGCACGGCGGCCGGCGAUGGAUACACCAUGCAAUUCGACAAGCUUAAGAAGGAGAGGGAGGCCGGCGCGCACAACAAACUGCCCCCAAUUUCUCCUCAGCCAGAGUCCGAGAACUCUCACAACAGCAGUAGUAGUAAUAACCGAUCCCUACUAUCUAAGAUUUUCCGCUGCCUAAACCCCUGAGGUCAAAGAACGAUCGAUCUCCAAAUACAUUCAAAGUUGACUUGAUGUGGCAGUUUUGGAACUUCCUUAAUUAUGGAUUUUUUUUUUGUUUGUGUAAAAUUAUCAAUUUUCUCUUCUUUUCUUUUUUUCUUUUAAUUUUAUCCCUUCUAUUUGUUGAGUGGGAUCAAAUUGUUUUGUUCAAAUUGAUGUAUUUGCUUGUAUAUGCUAGCAUUAUCAAUUAGUUGACCUAUUUA